ACUACAAAGACAAUGUAAUGGUUGGUAUAAUUCCGAGGCAAUGCCGGCCAAGAAACGCCAGUGUCACUCGCUCUUGUUUCCAUUUCGCAUUUUCUGAAAAAUUUGUACCAAUUACCAACUAUCUCUUCAUUAAUUGGAAUCACUGGAUUUACCGUGCUGUCAUUGCUCACCACCACCACCAUUGCUGCCACCGCCUAGGUGAUAUCGUCCACUCCAAAGUCGGUCAGAGACUUAAUGGGUUGUGUUCAGACGAAAACUAACUCCCCAAGUCAUAACCUUCAAGUCCUUGACAAGUUGAAAUGGGACAAUGGCUAUGUCAAGGGGAGCACUGGAGGAAGACCCGUUACCCAAAAACACUCGAGGAAGGAGAUUAAGCCGGUGUUCAAUGGGGAGGAUAAGAUUGCUGAUGGUGGUAGAACCGGUGGAGCAGGAGGAGGAGGAGGAGGAGGAGGAGGAGAAGGUUUGGUUGUUCGAGAGAAAGAGAGAGGUAAGAACGGUGGGAAUGUUUCGGGAAGGAUGACGUUGGAGAAGAUUGGAGGAGAUGAUGAUAUUGUGAAUGGCUGGCCAAAGUGGUUGGUUGAGAAUGUGCCUCAAGAUGUCUUGGCUGGUUUCGUUCCAAAGACUGCGGACUCCUAUGAUAAACUUGCUAAGAUAGGGCAGGGAACCUACAGCAAUGUGUACAAAGCUCGUGACAGGGACACCAAAAAGAUUGUCGCUUUGAAAAAAGUCCGGUUUGACACAUCAGAGCCAGAGAGUGUCAAGUUUAUGGCGAGGGAGAUAACGAUGCUACAGAAGCUAGAUCAUCCCAAUAUCAUCAAGCUUGAAGGGGUAGCUACAUCAAGAAUGCAGUAUAGUCUAUAUCUCGUCUUUGAUGUCAUGCAGUCCGACUUGACUAGAGUAAUCUCACGUCCUGGAAAGAGGCUCACUGAACCCCAGGUCAAGUGCUAUAUGCAGCAGCUUCUUGCUGGUCUCCAGCACUGCCAUGAAAACGGGAUUUUACACCGAGACAUUAAAGCUUCCAACUUGCUAAUAGACAGAAAUGGGAUGUUGAAAAUUGCAGAUUUUGGGCUUGCAAAUUUUUUCCCUCCUAAGAAACGUCCUCUUACAAGCCGAGUUGUGACACUCUGGUACAGAGCGCCAGAGCUCUUGUUAGGUUCUACAGAUUAUGGAGUUGGUAUUGAUCUUUGGAGUGCAGGAUGCCUGUUGGCAGAGAUGUUUGUUGGGAGGCCAGUUAUGCCUGGGAGGACCGAGGUUGAGCAACUUCAUAAGAUCUUCAAGCUUUGUGGUUUACCCGGAGAGGAUUACUGGAAGAAAAUGAAGUUACCAACAAGCUUCCGACCACCACAACAUUACAAACCUAGUUAUGAAGAAUUCUUCAGGGACUUCUCAAGAUCAUCAUUUGAUCUCUUAACAACACUUCUUGCUCUGGACCCGGCAUCUCGUGGCAGUGCUGCUUCUGCUCUCCAAAGUCAAUUUUUUAGUUCGAGUCCGUUGGCAUGUGACCUUUCAGCUCUACCAGUAAUGUAUAAAGAGGAGGACGAACGCACUCACGCCAAGGAUCGGAAGAAGACUUCCAAACCAAAGCAACUGUCUCAAACAAAUCGCGGACUGGUUCAGAGAAAGGUUCAAGAGGUCGGUGGAGGAUUUGAAUCUUCUAAUGAAGUAAAUUCUGCACCUUCAUAA